UGUGUUUAUACCCGUCGCCAUUUCAGGCGACAAAGUGGGUUGCAUUCUCUUUGAGCUCCAAAGAACUGAGGACGAAGGAAAAACAACGCAUAUAUGUUCAGCAAUAUACGUUGAAGUCGCCGAGUUUUAAUAAUUUUAAACUUUGAGUUCUUGGUGAGUAUUUUGUUUUGGGAUUUUUUUUCUAUUUUUUUAUUUUUCUUGGAUUUUUUUUAUUUUUCUGUCAAACGGGUAGACUGUUGGUUUAAUUGUGACGUACAUUUUGUGAAGCGAUGCUGCUGCCUAGCUAAUGCUAAUUAGCUAUCUGGACUUUUGUUUCAUUUUUCCCCUCGAAAUCUUUUGAUAAAUAACGAUUUUUGGAGUCUGAUUAGCUUGCCAGUAAGAUUGUGUAGGAAUAUGUUUUUUAAACAAAAAAAAAUGAAAACACCGGAGAUUCUAAUCUACCGUAAAUGGACUGAAUCUAUUUUUAUUCCUUGGGAAUCUUUUUCGCUAAAUGUUGGAGUUCAUGAUUUAAAAUAGUUGUUUUUUUACGUUACUUUGCCUUUUCCAGUUAUAUUUUAGCAUUUGAGACAGAAUUUGGAAUUUAAAAUUUUUGGUUGACCUUUUUUUUGGUUUUUGUUUUGGGGCUGUAGAUGUGACCAAAAGCUGACUAUUAUUUUUAAGGGAAGAUCUUUUUGGACAAGAACAGUGGCCUGUUGUCUGUUUUUCAUCCAGAGUUUUAACAUCAUUGUGGCUUUUUUUUAAGACUCGAAAUUGCCCUUCGAAGUGUUCACCGAUCACGAUAACUAUUAAUGCGCAAUUUUUUGCUGCAGCUUUUUUGAUCAGCGAACGACCCGUAAGUUACAUUUUUAAUUACCUCCACUCAUGCAAAGCAACAACUGUAUUUUAAAUAUAUCCGUUAAGCUUUUUUGACAGUCUAGCCAUUCCUUCAUAUGCAGACCCCCCCCAAGAAAAGCAAUCUUUUGUACUUUGAUCAAAGCUGAUUUUUGCAUUUUUGUCAAGUUGCAAAAUGUCUGCCGUUAUUCCAUUAACAGAGUACAUUUACUGUAGUUGUUCUUCCAUUAGAUGUGUAUUUUUGUGUAUUAGAGCAGUAGCCUUUAGAGUCACACCCCAGUCCUGUAAGGAUUUAUUUUUAGGCUUUCAAAAUGUUCAUGUAGACAUUGAUGUUGGAUAUAAAAUCACAUGUCCGUCGCCCCUACAAUUGAGUGGCCAUUUAGUCGUCUAAUGGUGCAUGUUUAUUGGACCGUCAGGAACAUAUUUUACACCUUUAUGUAGUUUUGUUUUAAUUUACAUAGUUCAGUUUCACAUUUACUCACUGCAAGAAAUGCUACUGUUCCUAAUCAGAUUUGAGUGAUUCAGUCAACUAGCAACCAGCCCCUGUAUUUUACAGUGUCAGAGCUUUUCAAUAGUUUCACGAUGACAUUUUCGCAACAGGCAGUGUGAUUGAAUGCACAAGAAAGUUGGGUUUUUUUUGUUUGUUUUUUUUUUUUAUGGAUUGACCUGUGUUUAAGCAUCUUUAUAAUGGUGCACCUUGAGUUUCAUUUUAAUGGGAUGUACAUGGCACAUGCUUCUCUUGAUGAUUCCCAAGGAAGACUAGUGUUUUCAUGAACAUUGGGGAUUGUCUCGAGUGGUUCUGCCCUCUUUCCUGAUUGGAUUGUGUUAUGGCACAUUUUUUAUUGUUGCCAUUUAAUAUUAAUGCUGUAUUGUGUCACUUUGGAAAUUUCAUGAUUUUGCUGUUAACUUUUAUAAUGUACGCAGUAACUACAGUAAAUCCCUAUAUUUGUGUGUGUGUGGUCUUCCUCACAGCUUAUUCCCUUGUUUCGAGCUCAAUGGUGGAAUCCAGUGAAAAGUGGGGAAAGCCAAACCCCACACUGGUGGAAGUCUGUUGUUUUGAUGCCUUAGGGAAAUGCUAGUUAUUUGUUCUUGGAGCCAUGUUAAUGUUUUUAUAUUUGAUUAUGUUUUAAAAAUACUGUUAUAUAUCCAAGGCAUGAAUCAAACCUGGCUUUGGUUUUCUGAAAUGUUUCACCUUCCUUCUGAAUUCAGUGGGCAUUUUAUUCCUAGUUUGUACUGUUAGUCUGUAGAGCUGCAUGUGUUCCUGAAUGCCAGUCAAGUUCCUUUCACUGAGGAUGGUCUCUGCUCCCGUUUCCAGCAUCUGCUCCCCAUCUGCCCGAAUGAUGUUGCCACUCAUUGAAACUAACGACUGCCACUACAGUCACAACACACACAAAAAAAGUUGAAAACUUGAAAAUGGACACAAUUUGAUACACAUUUGUACUAAAGUUUAACAUGAGAAUAGCAUGACAUAAUUCAGUUAGAGUAGUAUUUUUUUGAAUUUCCAAUUGAGAGAAUUUUUCAGAUAAGAACUAAUACGAGUGUUUGGAACAUCAGAAUGGCUUAGAACUUUCACUUGCACCAUUUUCACCAAUGUGUUCCUUAAGGUUAAAAUAUGCUGUUUUGAGUCUCAGCAAUUAUCCUCUAACUAAAGCAAAUGAGAGCUCUGCAGUAGUGCAAAAUGCGGCAUUCUCCAGGGCUAUUAAUGAGGUCCUGUGAGCACGCACACACCCCCAGUCACAUUCCGGUUUGUUCCAUCUGAAGCACAGCCCACCUGAUCCAGCUAACCGGACGCUCAAUGAACAGUCGCGUGGGUGAAUCUGUCAUGCUUGUGUAAGAAUAUGGCAUUGCACGUCUGCCCUACAGCACUGCUCUGUAAUAAGCCAUCUUAGGGAAAGCAGCUUAGCUCACAGUUUGACAUGUCCAUUUGGGCAUCUGUUUUGUCUGGAUGUAGGGCUCACUUCGGGUAAAACCAUUGAGCAUUAGGCGUUCGUACUUUCUUCAUGAACAAUUCAACUGCCGCAUCAUUCAAACAUGAUUCCUAAGCAUGUUAAAAAAAUAAAUAAAUAUAGUGUCGUUUAAGAUGAACGAGCCUUAGUGCCGUUAAUGGCAGAGCUGGUUUGAGUACUUCAUUUCUUAGAAUCGGCUGACCUGCUUCUUAUGACACACAGGUUUCAAUCAAGUAUUUCUUGGUGAGGUGUGUAACCCCGCAUCUCCCAACAGCAAUCAGGUUAGUUUAGGUGCCUAGAUGACUGGCUUUAUCUUGCUUAUAUAUGAUCAUCUGCUUGGACAGUAUAAUUAUUCUAUAAUAUAUUAUAAUAAUAAUUUGCUCACUUUUUAGUUGCAUCACUCCUAAAUAUGAAUGCUAGCUGCCAAGUUCAGUUAAGUUUGAUAUUGCCACACAGCAAACGGGUAAAGGGUUCGGAUUAAAAUUUCCACCGUUGUAUUUGUCAAUGUAUACUACGCCUGAUUGUCUACAGGCCACGUUUUUUGCAACAUGGACCACCUGAGAGGUCCGUAAGGACCGGUUUGAGAAACGGCGACCUAGACCAUCAGGCGUAGUAGGAGGGAGCAAAAAUGUGGACUGUCUGGGAGGGAGCAAAAAUGUGGACUGUUUGUGGGUCCCGGAGGACCGGGUUGGGGGAAACUGCCACUUGUAUAUAAAAAAGAGCUAACUUUAGUUCUGAGUGACGAUGUCACGUUCUGCAGAUGUGGGUUUCUUUCUCCUCUCUAAAUGGUGCUGGGGGGGAGGUGGGGUGUGGGUGGUAGAUUCUUAUUGAUGUCUAUCACCAAUGGCCGCAAGCUUGUUGUUUUUUAAAUUGUGUCUUUAUUCCCUUUCUUAGGAGAGCAGGAGAAAAGUCCCUGAAGAUAAAGACUGAAAAAUGAUUGGGGGUGGGAUUAAUGGGGCAUGGGAUCAGGUUCUGAGCCUAAUGUAGGAGUGAAACACUGCCCCCUGCCAGUCAUUUGAGUAGCUGCAGCUGAAGUCAACCCUAAGCACGGUUAUUUAACCAUAACUAUGAAAUUGCCCUUCAGCCACUGGUCACCCAAAGCACAGUCCAUUUCCUCCUACUCAAAGAGAUUCCUGAACAUAUGCCAGUUUAUCCCACAUGGGGAGCAGUUUCAGAUCAUUGUCCACACAUCAAAGUAAACUGUACUUAUAUGUGUUUAAUCAGAGGUCAAGUCAAGUGUGUAUCACUUCCAUUUCAGCCUUCUUUCUCCCAAACCAGUUUGCAGUUUUAAAUCUCUUUUCCUCAUUUUGUAAACAAGCUAUUCCAGAAGCAUUUAGGUUCUGCUUCUUAUAUUGGGCUCAGAACCGGGGGCUACUUCACAAAUCGCCAUCAAAUGGGAAAAGUUGAACAAUAACUUCUUGUAGUGUGACUGAGGUCUGUUCUUUGUCGCCUCAGUAAGUCUCUUGGGGGCAGUGCUGCAUUCUGUGACGUAAAGCGGAGCCUGCUGGGAUUUGUAGUUUCCCUGAGAGGGAGGCAGAGACUCCUGCUCGCACACACUGGUCCAACCACAGUGAGAAAGUACAUUCAGACGACCAGCCCGCAAUACAGGCACUAUGGACCGAUCCCCCACCACCAGCAGCCUCAUGGCCAGCAACGUGACCAACAAGACAGACCCCCGCUCGCUCAACUCCCGCGUGUUCAUUGGCAACCUGAACACUCUGCUGGUGACCAAGGCUGACGUGGAGGCCAUCUUCAGCAAGUAUGGCAAGAUCGUGGGUUGCUCUGUGCACAAGGGCUUCGCCUUCGUGCAGUAUGCCAACGAGCGCAACGCUCGCGCCGCCGUGGCCGGCGAGGACGGCCGCAUGAUCGUGGGUCAGGUGCUCGACAUCAACCUGGCGGGCGAGCCCAAGCCUCACAGGGCGAAGGCUACAAAGCGCUCCGCGGGUGACAUGUACAGCAGUUCCUCCUUUGACCUGGAUUAUGACUUUCAGAGGGAUUACUACGACCGGAUGUACUCGUACCCCUCCCGUGUACCGCCGCCUCCCCCUCCCCUCUCCCGGGCUGUGAUUCCCUCAAAGCGGCCCCGGGUCAGUGUGAGUGGAGGGGGCAGCCGGCGCACCAAGACCAGCUUCUCGUCCUCCAAAAGCAGUCAGCGCACCUCGUCUUCCUCCUACUCCCGCGCUAUGAAAGUAGAUGACUUGCAGACCAUCAAGAAGGAGUUGACCCAAAUCAAGCACAAGGUGGAUUACCUGUUGGAAAGCCUAGAUCGAAUGGAGAAGGAUCAUGCAAAGAAGUCAGAUGGCAAGGGCGUGAAGUCCGACAGCGGGGAGACAUCCUCGCUGCAGCACUCCAGCGGCUUGGGCAGCAAGAAGGAGGAGUGCGUGAAGAGGGAGCGCGAGAGGGAGAGCCAGGAGCUGAACGACUCUGAGGAAGAGGGAGACCUGCUUGAGGAGGAGGAGGAGGUGAAGAGCCGAGGAAGGGGAGAAGACAAUGAGGAUGAUGAAGAGGAGGAAGGGGAGCAGGAGGAGGGAGAGGAUGAUGGGGACAGUGUAAAUGGGGAUGACGACUCGUAGAGAGCGAUCAAGCAAACGUUUAUGUACAGGCUAUACACACAUAGGCCCAGAUGCCUUCACAGACUUUAGAGGUAUUUCAUAGGUGCACAUUUUCUCAAAGAGGCAGGACAUUUUCUAAGUUGUGAGGUCAAACAUGUAAACACACUCGACGCAGCCACAUGGAGACCUCUACUGGCAACAGGUGACAUCGCAUUCUGUUAACCUCCUUUGUCCCAUCAAUUUGUCUGCAUCUGAAGUCUGAGGCUAUGAUAUGUAACAGUUCACCUUUAUCCUGUACCGCUUUUAACCUGGUUGUAUAAUAGAGUAGAUUGUGAAUAAGACGGGCGUUCAUGGAGCUGCUGCGGUGUUUUCUCGACCAACCGACUGGCGUUUGGCUGUGUUUUGUUUUUUGUUUUUGUUUUUUUUUUGGAGAUUUAAUGUGAUAGUAUUCAAUAUUCAUUUUUUAAAAGGUGAUAAAUGUUUGUUAAAUGAGAUUAAUAGAAGUGUAUUUUUGAAAAGACUGUGUGAAUGUGUUAAUUGUCUCUUAAGUACCAUAAUUUCACUUGUCACAUGUCUUUUUUUUUUUUUUUUUUUUCUUUCUUUUUUUUGUCAACUGUCUCAACUGUCAAAUUUAAAUAAAAUGAAAUAAAUGUGA